AUGUACAGUUUAAUAACAUAUUCUCAUGUUACUUCUCUGUUUAUAUUAUUAAUUCUGGGAGAAUUUAACAUGCAAAUAGUUUAUAGUUAUAUAUUCUGUCAUUGUGAUACUGAUGAAUGCCGUGCUUUUGGUUAUAAAGAAUGUAAAGCAGAAUUUUAUUGUUAUAGUAUUUAUGAAUUAAAUUCAUUAUCAACUAAUCAUAUACAAUUGAUAAAUCGAUCAACAGAAAUUACUGGUAUCUCAAUUAGUCGUGGUUGUAUAUCAAAUAGUUUUUUAACAAUGUGUACAAAAAAAGAAAUUCGUCAUAAUAAACAAUUUAAUUCACCAUAUUUAAUUACUCGUUGUUGCAGAGAUGCUUGGUGUAAUACAGAUAAAGUAAAAAUUGCUCAAAGUGAUUGGUCUUUGCAUGAAACAAAACGUUAUACACUAGGGGACUAUUCUAACUAUGACGCUGAACGAAUGGGAUCGAUUAAUUCAAAACAACAAACACAAUUCAAAACAGGAACAGAAGCAUCAUCAUUGUUGACAAAUUCAAAAGAUUUUCAACAUUUACAAAGUGACCUUCGUUUAACCGAUGAAGAUUUUUCUGAAAAUUUAUUAAACUCAAAGUUACUUCAUCAAGAUGUAUCUAAACAAAUAAAAAUGGAAGAUCGGUCUAAUGUGAUUAAUUCUAGAAGAGGAAUACGACGAAAAGGAGAUAAAGGUGACGGAAAUACUGAAAUUGAUUCAAGUCGUAUUCUUACAGAAAAUUUCCAAUUAUCCUAUUUCAACCCGGUCAAAUCAGCACAUUCGAAAUCCUAUAAUAUGAAUAUGUUGUUAGCAAGACCAAUCUAUGUAGCAAUGGGGAUAUCAUUAUCUAUUCUUUUAUUUGGCCUUAUCUUCCUAUCAUUUGCCUUGUUGUUUUAUCGAAGGAAUAAACUGGUACAUAUUUCUAAUUGUCGGACAGUUUGUAGUUAUUCAUGCCACAAUAGAAAUAGAAUUACUUCACCUAUCAGUGAGAGAGUUAUCUGUAAAAGUGCUACAGGAAUAUCAGAAAAUACGGAGAGGCUACAAAAUUGGAAUCAACCGGUUUCUGUAUUCCCAAAUCAAAAUUCAACAGAUGAACCACUUUUAUUAAAUGGUAUCAGUUCAAUUGAAAGCAUGAAUCCGUCCACAGAUUAUCGAUCGUCAGCACUAAUUAAAACAGGAAGUAACUGGUUGAAACCAACAGGUUACACAACAUCAUCAGAAAAGAAAGAAAAUGUCUAUAAAGAGAAUUUAUUUACAUAUUACUGCAAUCAUUGUAUAUGUUGUUAUUCUAAUAAUGAUAACAAUGUCAAUAAUGAUAUAAAUGAUUUUAGUCAUUCAACAAAUAAAGACUACAAAUCAUUUAUUAAUUUAUCACAAUUCAAUAAAAGAAUUAUGACUAUGGAUAAUACAGAAAAUAAUUAUAUUAAUAAUAAUAAUACUAUUAAUGAUCAUCAUGUACAUCCAGUUCUAUGUGAAACAAGUGAGUUUAGUUUAAAUACAGAUAAUCAAAAACAAGAACCAAGUAGUGUAUCUACACCAUUAUUUAGUAUCCAUUCAUCAUCUACUCAUCAAUUACCAGAUUUUAUUGAAUAUAAAAAGUUAAAUACUAGUAAUCAUAGUUAUAAUAAUAAUAAUAAUAAAUCAUUAUUAAUCAAUGAUCAAGAUACAUUUACAUGGAUACAAAAUCAACAAUCACGUAAUCAGAAUUCAAUAAAACGUCAACAAUAUAAUUAUUGUAAUCAAAAAUUACAAAAAAAUGCCAAUUCAAUACAAAAGAAUACACAACGUCGAAUUCAUUCAAUGCUUAAUGACUUCAAUGAAAAUUGUUCUGAUUCUGUUUAUUUAUAUGAUAUUGAUAAUAAUAAUAAUAAUAAUAAUAAUAAUAAUAAUAAUAAUAAUAAUAAUAAUUCGGACUAUGAACAUAUUAAGACAAUGCCAAAACAGAAAUUCAUUGAUAUGGAAGCAAGAAAAAGUAACACAAUACAAGUAAACAGUAAUACUGAUUCAGUCUCUCCUAUAUUACGUAAUAAUAUAAGAAGAAAUACAAAUUGUAGUAAUAGUAGUAGUGGUCAUUUAGAAAAUGAAUCGAUAAAUCAACAAUCUGUAUUACCAAUUCAAUUUACUGAUUUAUUUUUUCCUCAUUUACCACCACCUCCAUCUUAUCCACCGCCUCCUUUGCAUCAACAGCACGAAACUCAACACAAAAUUAUUGACAUUUUAAAUCCUCAUAACUCUACUAAUACUACUACUAAUAAUAAUACUAACAGUAAUAGUGAUAAUAAAGUUUUAAAUCAUAAAAAUACUCUAUUUGUUGACUUACAUCGAUUUGAUAUACUUUUACAACGUCAAAGAGGUACUGGAAAAACAAGUAGCGGUGGUGAAGAUAAUAAGACAAUAGAAAGUGAACAAUCUGACAUAAAUCAAACUUGGAAAAUGUCUGGUUCAAAUGAAAAUAGUAGUGAAUUGAAUACUGUUAUAUUAGAUCAUAGAAUUAUUCCUUCAAACAAUAAUAAUAAUCAAUUUUCUAAAUGUUCAACUGAUUUAAACAAAUUAACUGGACAUAGAAUUCUUGAAACAGAUUUGAUUGGUUUGGCAACUUUUCGUAAAGCUGAUGAAAAAAGUGUAGAUUUAGUUACACCAUAUGCACAAUUUGAUUUAUCACCAGAUUCAAGUAUGUGUAUAACAGCUGAAUAAUCAAUGAAAUAUUAUGAUAAUAAAAACAAAACAAAACACCCAGAAUAUUUACAUUACAUUACUCCUCUUUUAUAAUAUGAAAACAUAUAUAUUUUAGUGUAUUAAACGCAUACAUAAUCAAAAUGUAAAUAAAUUCAUUUUACAUUUGUCAUUAAAACUGUACAUUUUCACUUAAUUUAUACAUAAUGAACA